AUGGUUCUUAGGCUUGUGAGAAGACUUCCGUUAAACCAGUUGUUUGUUGUAACUUUACUUGGAGUUGGAAGUGGAGCAUACAUCUACAAGCCUUUGCUUGAAAACUAUGCAAGCAAGCGUGACUCAAAGAAGAAAAAAGAGAACGUUUUGAGUGUUGGAACUGCUGAUUCGAAUGAAGUUACAAAGAAGCAAGUAAAGAACACUUCAUCGCGUGGAGAACAGAAGCCGAAUAUGAGUGGCGUUCUUCUUAUACGAGGGAAAAAACGUGAAGAUGACUCGUCUUCUCGAUAAACUGCUCUUUGGGCACUUAAAAAAUGGAGGCUGAAAUAGUAAAUGGAGUCGGAAAAAAGGGCACAUGCACAUGGAAAAGAAAAAUCUAGAUCAGAGUUGUCUGCCUGAUAUUGAGAGCUUGGAUGAAUUUGAUGUUGAUUUCCAUCACCUUUUGUGUAGGUUGGGAGUUUAACCAUCUGUUGGAGGUCUGGCUUAAAUUAACAGCCUGGUGCCAGUGGAAGCUGGCCAAUUCUCACAUACGUACAGUAGAGGCUGAAGGAAUUGAAAAUAUAUAUAUGAUGAUCAGUGGAAUACAUUGGAGAUACUGAUAGAACGCUUCAGUUUGUAGUAUUAUACAAAGAAGAAACAUCUGUUUUAAGUCCCAGGGGUGAGGCAGAGGGGGGGCUGCUGGUGGCUGCUCAAUAAAGUUUUAUACUGGGGGGCUCGGCCCCAAGGUUCAACCUCUUACCCCUUUUAAAUACCAUUUUUAACAGAAAAGGUACCCCUACCGUUUGUAUACCUUUUAUUGACAAAUGGGACCUCUUAAAAUCUCUUUUAACUGCUAUAAAUGGACUGUGUUCAAAAUAUGAGUAAAUCACAAAACCACAAUGUUUUCUUGUCUUUUUCACAGUCAUAAAAUGAAUCUCUCAGUAAGAUAGCCCUGUUGGACCUUUUCAAAUGACAGGUUUCCCACCCCCUCAACCAGUGAAAUCCCUACCCUUUCAUAACCCCUUUUGGGUGGAGCCUCUUGGUGUCCUUGGUGUAGGCCAUUAUAUGGAGCUGCUAAUGAGAUAUUGUGGGUGAUAAAGCUUAGAUUAUGGGGUGUUGGAAUUUUCAGUUUUGCAGUUUUGGCCAUUUUUAGGUUGGUUUUUGGUUUUUGUCAUGAAAAGCUUCACUUCUCAUGUCUUGAGAUUUGUCUUUUUAUAGUGUUUAGUUUUCAAAUUCAGCUAAAAAGGUUUUUUUAUUUGGUGUCUGAUGUGGUUUUGUUUUUUUUCUCCUUUUUGGUAUCUGACUGCUUCUUUUUUGAUUGUAUCUGAAUCCAUCCGUCUGCUUAGAUUAAUGCAGUCUUUAUUGACAGGGAUAUACAACAAUCAGAGUGUCUCUGCAUAGGGUCCUUAGGUGACCUUAGGUGGUUGCUUUCUUGGAUAAAUAUACCUGGAACCUUUGACCUUUACUUCACUUUUGUUUUUACACUCCCUUUCCCUCAUCAACCCACUGAACCCCCAAAGAAAUUCAUCCUACUUUCUGUACUUGCACCACCCUCCCCACCCCCAAAACAUUUAUUCAGAAGCAAUGCACUAAUCAAACACAGCAGGGCAAUGAUGCAGUAGUAAUGAUGAAAUGUUGUUGCAAAUAGUUUAAGAAGUGUGGAAGUGCUAAAAAAAUCUGAAACAAAUUAAUUUGUAGAACCAAUAAUAUUAUGAUAUAAGUAGGUUGAAUAUAAUUUUCAGGGUAAGAGUAGUACAGACUGUUGUUGACAGUGACUAUCAACAACAGUCCUAUUCAGGACUACAAUCACCUGGAUGAUCGUGUUCCAGCUACUCAUGAAAUAACUUCUACAUUCAAACCUUUCAUAGACAAAGAGUAG